UCAAGAUCAUAGGCGGGAUGCAUCCCCCGCAGUCGCCCCUUGGCGCCGUGCCUGGCUUCGCGCGCGCGCGCCCCCAGGGGGUCGGCUUUGCCCAUUGGCCGCUGGCCAUGAACCGCAUGAGAUGCGGCGAGCGCCACGCGGGCCCGAGGGCGUGGACGAGACGCAGACCAGGGGCACACAUGCCGACGAGUCCGCCCGAUGCGGCCCUGAACCACUUGGCAUGCGCGGCCAGGAAAAAGCAGAAGGUCCACUGCAAAGACGUCGCGUUGCUGGCGAGGGCGGUGUUAGCAGCCUCGGACGCGGCGGAGGACGAUCACGUGACGGCGAACGGAGCUGACGUGCAGCCCUACGCUCAGGAACCCAGCAGCCGACGGCCAUGUUUCCAGCAACGCCUGACGGAGUGCAAAUACGUUGUCGUCGAGGUCCAAGAACGGGACCACUUCGACAGGUGCUACCACCAGCGCGACCAACAGUCAGACCACUGCGACAACCUCUACGGCGUCGGCGGUUUCCACCAGCAUUAUUAGUACGCCAUAGCGACCACCAGUAAGUGGUCGACGACCGCAACUACGACCACGAUUCGCAGCCAGGGCAGCGAGGGCCACUUGCGGAUCUACGAGGACGACGUUUUGAUGCACGAGGGCCACAACCUGAGCCUCAGCAAGCAGAGCUCCGACGGCCACUACCUGAGCUGAGCUACCAGAGCCCCCAGCGGAGCUCUGAGGGACACAAGCCGAACUACGACGGCAACAGGCAGAGUUCCAAGAGCCACGCCCAGGGCUACGAGGGCCACUGCAGGCUGAUCUACCAGGAGCAGCUGCUGAGCUGAGAGACCCACCGCCAGAGCACCCUGCUGAACUAUGGGGGCAACGAGCUGAGCUCAACAAGCUGAGCUCCGAGGGCCACAAUCAGAGCAACGAGAACCACGAGCUAAGCUACGAGGGCCACCUGCUGAACUACGAGGACCACCUGCAGUUAUCCGAAGGCCACAACCUGGGCUCAUAACUGUUGUACGAGGGCCGCAAGCUGCGCUACGACGGCCAGAAACAGAGCUACGAUAACUACCUGCGAAGCUACGAGGGCCGCAGGCUGAGCAACGAGAGCCACUGGAAGAACUACGAGGGCAACGGUCUGAGCUGCGAGGGCCACGAGUUGAGCUACGAGAACCACGAGCAGGGUUACGAGGACCACCAGGUCAACUACCACGGGGACCUGCUGAACUAUGGGGGCCGCAUCUGAGCUGCCAGGGCCACCGGUACCAGGGAGCUGCGAUGUCUACGAGGGCCACCAGCUGCGCGCCGUGACGAUAUGUAUCGUCAGCUCUAGCAGGAGAUGGCAGUCCGGAUCAUCGGCUUCAAGGCGGACGAGUGCCAUAACGGCCUCGUGGGUACCUCGGGCGCGACGGACGGCGCCUCAGGGCGCUGGGCAUUCCGAUCCGGAACGGGUAACCGACGGAGGUCGUUAGUGUUGCGCCCCUCCCCUCGG